AUGGCUGCCGAGCAACAGUCCCAGACUUCCACCAGGGCCUCGUCCCCCAAGCUUGACGGCAAGUUCGACGACAAUGCCUCGGUCGACUCCGGCUUCGCUUCCGGAAACUCAUCCACCGCCAACCUUCCCUUGAUUUCUCUCACCAAGCCUCACCUUGACCACCUGAACAAGCAACUCGAGAACAUGGAGGCGCUCGACAUCCUGCGCUUCUGCAAGACCCUCUUCCCCAACCUCUUCCAGACCACCGCCUUCGGCCUGACCGGUCUCGUCACGCUCGACAUGCUCUCCAAGCUCGCCAAGGACUCUCCGGCGGACGCGGCCCCGGUCGACCUCAUCUUCCUCGACACGCUCUACCACUUCAAGGAGACGUACGCACUCGUCGACCGCGUGCAGGAGCGCUACCCCAACAUCCGGCUGCACGUGUUCAAGCCGGCUGACGUCAAUACCGUCGCCGAGUUCGAGGUCCUUUACGGCGAGAAGCUGUACGAGACCUCCGAGGAUAUGUACGACUGGGUCGCCAAGGUCGAGCCGCAGAACCGCGCCUACCAGGAACUGAAGGUGGCCGCCGUCUUCACCGGCCGCCGUCGCUCCCAGGGCGGCGCGCGCGGUUCCAUCCCCGUCAUCGAGCUGGACGAGGAGCGCGGCAUCGUCAAGAUCAACCCGCUUGUGAACUGGAGCUUCCAGCAGGUCAAGGCCUACAUCGACGAGCACCAGGUUCCUUACAACGAGCUGCUUGAUAAGGGGUACAAGUCUAUCGGUGACUGGCACUCGACUAGCCCCGUCGCGGUGGGCGAGGACGAGCGUGCGGGACGCUGGAAGGGCAAGAAUAAGACCGAGUGCGGAAUUCAUAAUAAGCAGAGCAGGUAUGCCCAGUUUUUGGCGGAAAACGCGAGGAAGCAGGCGCAGGCUGCUCCUGCUGCUGCUCCAGCUGAGGCGGUUCAGGCUUGA